AUGACAACACAUAAUAGAUCAAGAUUUUCAUUUAUAGAUUUACUACGAAUUUUAGGUGGGAUUCUUUUCCUUAAUGCAUUUUUAUCAUGGUGGUUUACAUCAACCUCUACAUGGGGAUAUAAAGGAAAACUUCUUGAUACAAACUAUUUAAUGUUUAAAGCAUUUGGUAAUCCUGUAAAUUUAACGAUUUCAGAAUUGAGUCGUUAUGAUGGAACAAAUAAAAGAUUUCCAAUUUAUGUAGCUAUAAAUGGUCAAGUAUUUGACGUUUCUGCAUCUCCUUCAGUUUAUGGCCCUAGUGGUCCUUAUCAUGGAGUUGCUGGUAAAGAUGCUGCAAGAGUAUUUGUUACGGGUUGUUUUAGAAAACCAGAUGAAUUCACUUAUGAUUUAAGAGGAUUGGAUGAAGAAGAAGUUUCUAGAGAUUUGAAAUCGUGGCAAGAAUUUUUCAUGAAUCAUAAAAAAUAUUGGCAUGUUGGUGUUGUACAGCAUGAGGAAAUUAAAGGUGAUCCACCAGAACCUUGUCAACAUGUUAAAUUCCCAGGAAUGCAUUCUUAA